GCUGCCUAUCCGCGAGUAAAAUCAAGACGACAACAUCUUUACAAACUCCUCUCUGAUCCUCUGCAGAUACACUGUUGUCACUCCAAGUGGCAGCGUGUCAAACCCUCCUGGAUUCUUGAGAUUUCUCCGAACUGAGGUUAGAUAAGAGGUGUCACCUGCAGAAGACAGUUCUUUUUUUGUCGUGGUGUUUUGUUUUUGUUUUUUUGCAUGUUCCAGUAGUUCCCGGAGCUGUGUUUUUUUGAGUCGAGAUGAUGGAGGAGGUGUCUGUCAUGAUGGCAUAUGAUGCCCAAGUUAUGGAGCAGAUGAGCGAGGAGGAGAUCCUGGCCUGCCUGGUGGAUGAAACAGGACCUAAAUUUACAGUCCCUACAAAGAAAGCAAAACUUGGGGAGAGUCUGCUACAGAUCAUGGAGGAUGAAGAAGACCCCUUGGAGAAAUACCUGAGGGAGAACCGUCAGCUUCUGCAGGCCAGCCUCCGUCUGGAGCAGGAGAACGACAACCUUGCCCACAGACUCAUCAGCAGCAAGGUGGCCCUGAGGAAUGCUCUGGACAAGGCAGAGGACAGAGUGGACGAACUUUCCAAAGACCUUCUGCGGACCAGACAUCAACUGCAAGCAACAGAAGAGGAGAAGAAAGGGAAGGAGGAGGAAACUGCCAUGCUGAAGGAAGUGUUUCGUCGAGAGCUGGAGAAAGCUGAGCAGGAAGUCAGAAGGUCAUCUGGUAUCAUUGCCGACUACAAACAGAUCUGCUCUCAGCUGACAAAUCGUUUGGAGAGGCAACAGGCCGCCCACAAAGAAGAGUUGGAUUCACUCAAGACUGCAAUAAAAGCUUGCUCCCGCUGUCAACACCUCAUAGAGGAAUCAGAGGAAACCACCACAGCAGAAAACUCAGCUAGAGCAGAAGGCCACCAAACAAGUGAAUCUGAUCAGGACGAGGACAGCAGGGAGCCUAAAAAGGCCGACCAGAGAGGAGACGACCAGGAGAAUGAGUCCCUCAAAGCCCAGAUCAGGGAGCUGGAAAAGGAGUUAGCGCAGACCAAACUCCAGAUGGUGGAGGCCAAGUGCAAGAUUCAGGACCUGGAGCACCAGAGAGGAAUCCUAGCCAAUGAUCUUCAAGAGGCAAAGAACAACUGGAUCAGCAAGGCCUUCACCUCCCUGCGGACCUCCAGUGGAGGGGGACUUAACUCUGUGAGCGUGCCCAGAGACGGAUCAGCCACGACGGGCUGGAACAUCCACAGAAGUUCCCUGUCUGGAUGGAGCACCAAGAAGCUGUCAUGGCCUCACAGAGACAGUCGAGAAAAGGUCUGAGAGCACAGAUCCCACAAAACUGGACUCAAUAGACUGAUCAAGACUGUGUAUAUACUGUACUGCAGAUAUUUCUUGCAUUGUGCACUAGAAAGUGAUUUAGAGAAGAAAACUCUGAGGAGAGUACCUAAGAGCACAUACAGGUGCAGCAGACAUGUAUUUACUUGCCUGCUCAUCUCUUUGCAGCUCAUUUGUACUCUGGAAAGUUCUUUUUUAUCCU